UGAUAAAAUGCAGUUAUUUUGUAUAGUUUUUUUGUUUUUAUGAGAAUUUGAAGGUGAAUUGUUGCGUUCGGUGAUUUGAUUUAUAAUUUGAUUUGUUUGUUUGCUAAGAAUUUAUUGAGAGAGAUGGAAAAUGAAACUGUUAGCAUAAUUUUUGAUGAUGCGUUAUUGAAGUUUAAGUUUUUUGUGGUGCAUAAUAAACUUUAGCAUAUUAGCUUGUGGCAGGCCUAGGAAUGCAGUUCGAUUGGUUGGUUGGUUAGUAUGUGGUCUAUAUUUGUUCUGGCAAAGUGGAGCUUAUAUGUUUUGCAUCUAAAGUUUAUAUAUGGUGAAAAUGUGGUAUUUGAUGUAGAGAAAUGGUUACAACAGAAUUAAAUUUUGGGAUUUUGAUUUUUUCUUUUUCAUGUUUGAUGAUGAAAUUUUGAAUAAUUCACAUUACAUUUUACAUUUGUUAAUUAUGGUUGGCAUGUCUGAUUUUUUUUUGGUUAACCAAUGUGGAGGAAAAGAAAAUAUCUUUUUUGGGGUUGCGGCUGAAGUAUGGUGGCAUUUAUCUCCUUGAAGCUUCAGUUGAUUAUUGAUAAAAUAUAAGACAUAGAGAGAGUUUGGAACAAAUAUGUAGCUGUUUCAUCUUUUUCUCUAGAAAAUGCUCCAACAGUGCUACAUUUCUGUAAAAUCUCAUUUCCUUCUUUCUGCAAAAUUCUCUUUCCUAUCUCUCACAAUUUCGCGGCUCUGAUUCUCUGAUCCCUUUUCAUUUCUUCAUUUAAACUUUCAUCUUUCUGUCUCUGUAAACAAUAUGAGCAAAUCUUCAAAACCCACGAAGCACCUAAACCAAUCUUCAAAGCCACCUUGCUCUAUAUCCUCCUCUCUUUGCACCCAAUUUGCUAAUGCUGCACUCAAGCAACAAAUCCUACUUUCUCUUUCUAACCUUGCUGAUCAUGACACUCAUCAGGUUGCCCUUCAAGAUCUCUAUUCUAUUAUUUAUUCCGUGUCAUCCAAUACCCUCCCCUUGCUCCUCAACUCCCUAUAUAGUUGCUCAUCUGAUCCCAUCACCAAAUCCAAAGUGAAAAAGGAUGCUCUUGACUUACUCUCUCUAUGCUGUCGAGUUCAUCAUGAUAUAAAAUUACCUCGUUUGACAACAAUCAUCACUCACAUUGUUAAAAUGUUGAAAGAUUCUGAUCCAGGUGUUAGGAAUGCAUGUUGUGAGGUUGUUGGGGUUUUGUCAGGGUUACAUUUGAAGGGAAGAGAAGGGGUGAGGGGUACAGUUGAGUUGUUUGUUAGGCCAUUGUUUGAGGCCAUGCGUCAACAGAACAAAGUGGUGCAAUUGGGUGCAGCUAUGUGUAUGGCAAAGAUGGUGGAGUUUUCUAUGGAAGAAGACAUGCCUGUGGGAGCAUUUAGGCAGUUGUUUCCUUGGGUUUGUACGUUAUUGGGUAGGCAGAAUUUCCAUGCAAAGGCUGCAAUGUUGAGUGUUGUGGAAAAUUUGUUGCAGGUUGGAGCAAUUGCACCACAAGGGUUGGAACCGUUGUUGCAAAGCAUUCAUGACUGCCUUGGAAGUACAGAUUGGGCAACACGUAAGGCCGCAGCCGAUGCUCUAAGUGCCUUAGCAUUGCAUUCAAGGAGCUUGAUUACGGAUGAAGUUGCUAGUUCCACAUUGACGGUGCUCGAAUCUUGCCGUUUUGACAAGAUAAAGCCUGUCAGAGAUAGCAUGACAGAGGCAUUGCAACAAUGGAAGAAGAUUGCAGGGAAAGCUGAAGAUGGUGUUUUGGAUGAUCAAAAGGCUUCCUCUUGUGAGGGUAACCACCCUGAAAAAGCAGAGUCGUCGUCAGAUAAGAUUCCAAAUCCUGAUGAUCAGAAAACCGAGUCAUUGGCGAAGGAUUCAACCAGGGGUUCUUCCCCUAAUAUGGAUUCUGUUCCAAAAAGCAAAGCUGGAAGCAUUCCUGACAAAGCAGUUGUAAUAUUGAAAAAGAAAGCACCUGCCUUGACAGACAAAGACUUAAACCCAGAAUUCUUCCAGAAGCUUGAAACAAGGGGAUCCGGUGAUCUGCCUGUAGAAGUUGUUGUUUCUCGUAGAUGUAUCACUUCCUCAAAUUUGAAUGAGGAAGAACCAGAACUGCAUGAUUCUGAGUCAAGGGGAAGGUCAAACCGCUUGGCAAACAGCCAAUCAGAUGAUCUCCAUGGAUCUUUCAGUAAAUACCGUAACAUUGAAAGAGGAAAUGCUGGGAAAGAUGCAAGAAAUAGAGCAUUUGGUGAUGACAGGCCUGAUGUAAAUCCUAGGGAAUCAUCUGGUAGCCGUGCAGGUUUCUCUAAAUCUGAUGGCCAAUCUGAAGGAUCCUUCAUUAAUAGUAAAGGAAAUUGGUUGGCUAUCCAGAGGCAGUUGUUGCAGUUGGAGAGACAACAAGCUCAUCUCAUGAAUAUGCUGCAGGAUUUCAUGGGCGGGUCUCAUGAUAGCAUGAUAACUUUGGAAAACCGAGUUAGAGGUCUCGAGAGAAUCGUAGAAGACAUGGCACGUGAUUUGUCAAUAUCAUCAGGCCGGAGGGGUAGUAAUUUUCCAAUUGGUUUUGAAGGAUCUAAUAGACCUUUGGGGAAGUAUAAUGGCUUCUCUGAAUACUCCAAUGCUAAGUAUAAUGCACGGGUUCCUUUCGGGGAAAGAUUCACCCAAUCUGAUGUUACUGCUUCAGGCAUGAGAGGAAGAGGCCCUAAUUGGAGAUCUGAUAUGUCUGAUGCUUGGGAUUUUCCAGCUUAUGGUGCAUCCAGAAAUGGGCCGAUUAGCUCAAGGAGAGCUCCAAGUGGUGGUUCUAUAGAUGGAAGAUCACCUAAAUCAGAACCUGAAAGUGAUCAGGUUGGUAGCAGGAGAGCAUGGGAUAAAGGGGCUGGACCUCUUAGGUUUGGUGAGGGGCCUUCUGCUAGAAGUGUCUGGCAAGCCUCUAAAGAUGAAGCUACGUUGGAAGCCAUUCGGGUUGCCGGGGAAGACAAUGGAUUAUCUCGAACAGCAAGAGUGGCCAUCCCUGAGAUGACAGCAGAAGCUAUGGGAGAUGAUAAUGGUGGACCAGAGCGGGAUCCUAUUUGGACAUCUUGGACUAAUGCAAUGGAUGCCCUUAAGAUGGGAGAUAUGGAUACAGCUUAUGUUGAAGUCGUAUCUACCGGGGAUGAUUUUCUCCUUGUAAAGCUUAUGGACAGAUCAGGUCCUGUUAUUGAUCAGCUUUCAAAUGAGACAGCAUGCGAGGUGUUGCAUGCUAUUGUGCAAUUUCUACUGGAGCAGAACUUGUUUGACAUCUGUUUGUCCUGGAUUCAUCAGUUGGUAGAAAUAGUGCUGGAAAACGGACCUGAUGUCUUGGGCAUUCCCAUGGAAUUGAAGAAGGAGCUUCUAUUGAAUUUACAUGAAGCUUCUACAGCAAUAGAUCCACCUGAAGACUGGGAAGGUGCAGCACCUGACCAACUUCUGAUGCAGUUGGCUUCUGCCUGGAGAAUCGAACUACAACAGUUUGACAAGUAAUUAUUAGAUUAUCUGUUGGUGUUAUCCUGAAUGCUGUCCAAACCUUUUAAUUGGGUGAUAAAGGUAUAAUACACCUCAAUUUGACAAUUGAAAUGUAAAUGAGCAGAGUUCUUAUGCAAGCCAGUGUUUUGCAUCUGCAUGGAUUUAGUGAAGUUAGAGUUUAAUUUCCUUCUUUUGGAAAAGAAAAUAAAAAAAGACUUUUCUAGCUUGAAUUCUGUUGGAAA